ACUACAGUGAAUGUGAGAGAAUGAUAAAAUGGUGCAUUCGUCGAUCAAACCGGGCCACACAUUCGAAGCCAGAAAUUAAAUUAGACAUCCACCAUUUUGUUUAUUUUUGCGAAAAUAUAUAAUAAGUCGGAAACGAUAGUGAGUUUUUGUACUUCGCCGCAAUAUCACGUUGAUAACGUAAUUCUGGCAAUGAUUGUAAGAUUAGGAAUGUGCUAUUAGCGUUCACUGCUGUCGAGCUCUUGUGUUGAAAUUCGCAGACAUCGGCCGCGCCGCUAGUAAACACUCUUUGAAAAUUAACAUCUUAUCUUCUAAGAAAAAUAAAAGUCCGAGUGCGCAGGGUAUUCGAGUCGAUGAAAGAGGUCCGUUGAAAUUCGUUCAGCGAAUAUUUAGUAAGACCAAAGGGAGUAAUCCCCAAGCAUUAAAGGAAAUCUCAAAAAGUUGUGGGCGACAGUCCCCGGUGGCGCGCCCGGCUAACAUGAAUCACACGCCUGCACCUGACAGGCAGCAGCACGACCCUAAUGUGAACCAGGUUGAAGAGAUGGAAACACAAGAAGUUGAAACUGUAGAUGCAAUUGAAGAUAAGAUUUGGCUUGAAGAUUUAAUGAAAGGACCCAAUGGAGGUGUAGAGAUGAGUGAUGUUAUGAAGAAUCAAGAGACUUCAUCAUCUGACAUGCCUUUGGCGUGUUUAGACGCUGAGAUGGAGGAUGAUGAAGCAAGGUCAGAAGCUACUUUCCGCUUCUCAGUCCCUAACUUCAGAAACCUCAAGGACUCUGUACUAUCUCCACCAUGUUAUGUUCGCAAUCUGCCGUGGAAGAUCAUGGUUAUGCCACGUCAAGCACCUUCUACUGACCGUCAACAACAGAGGUCACUGGGCUUCUUUCUACAAUGUAAUGGGGAAAGUGAGUCAUCAAGCUGGUCUUGCUAUGCUAUGGCUGAGCUGAGACUCAUCUCUCAUAAGCCAGAAACAGAACCAUUUUAUAGAAAAAUUCAGCAUUUGUUUUAUAGUAAGGAAAAUGAUUGGGGUUUCUCUCACUUUAUGUCCUGGAAUGAUGUGUUAGAUCCUGAAAAAGGCUAUAUCAAAGAAGAUUCCGUAACUUUAGAAGUUCAUGUCACGGCUGAGGCACCUCAUGGAGUCUCAUGGGAUUCCAAGAAGCACACGGGUUAUGUUGGUUUAAAAAACCAAGGUGCAACUUGUUAUAUGAAUUCUUUGUUACAAACACUGUACUUUACAAAUCAGUUGAGAAAGGCUGUUUACAAAAUGCCCACAGAAUCAGAUGACAGCACCAGAUCAGUUGCAUUGGCUCUGCAGAGAGUUUUCUACGAGUUACAGUUCUCUGAUAAACCUGUUGGCACAAAGAAACUUACAAAGAGUUUUGGAUGGGAGACACUAGAUUCCUUCAUGCAACAUGAUGUCCAAGAAUUUUUGAGGGUACUUUUAGAUAAACUUGAAAGUAAGAUGAAAGGUACGUGUGUUGAAGGCACCGUUCCACGUCUGUUUGAAGGUAAAAUGACUUCAUACAUCAAGUGCAAAAAUGUCAAUGUGUCUAGUACGAGAGUUGAAACGUUCUAUGAUAUACAACUUAAUAUCAAGGGAAAGAAGAACAUCGACGAAUCGUUCAAAGACUAUAUAAGUACGGAGACGCUGGACGGCGAGAACAAGUACGACGCUGGCGAGCAUGGCCUGCAGGAGGCGGAGAAGGGAGUCAUAUUCGCGUCGUUCCCGCCGGUGCUGCACCUGCACCUCAUGCGCUUCCAGUACGACCCCAUCACUGAUAGCUCCGUCAAAUUUAAUGAUAGGUUCGAGUUCUACGAGCACAUCAACCUGGACGCCUACCUGCAGGAGAAGCCGGAGACGCCGGCCGACUACACGCUGCACGCCGUGCUCGUGCACUCGGGCGACAACCACGGCGGCCACUACGUCGUGUUCAUCAACCCCAAGGGCGACGGGAAGUGGUGUAAAUUCGACGACGACGUAGUGUCGCGCUGCACGAAGCAGGAGGCCAUCGAGUACAACUACGGCGGCCACGACGAGGACAUGGCGCUCACUGUCCGCCACUGCACCAAUGCUUACAUGCUGGUUUAUAUUAGGGAUUCUCAGUUGAAGACUGUUCUCCAGGAAGUAACCCAAGCUGAUAUACCGACAGAACUCAGCGAACGACUUGCAGAGGAAAAAAGAAUUGAAACUAUACGUCGUAAGGAGCGCAACGAGGCGCAUCUUUACAUGAACGUGAACGUUGUACUCGAAGAAGCGUUCGACGGCCACCAAGGCAACGACUUGUACGAUCCCGAACGGGCGCAUUACCGAGUGUUCCGCGUACGGAAACAGGCCACCGUAGCCGAGCUUAUGGAGACGUUAGCCGAGAACUUCCGUUAUCCACAGAAACAUUUACGUCCCUGGCCGUUUAGCGCUCGUUCAAACCAGACUUGUAGACCAACAUGUCUUGACUUGGUCAAUGAUCAAAGCAAGUCAAUAGCAGAUAUAUCAGAAAAUAUGAAUCCAUGGAACAUUUUCUUGGAAAUGUUACCCCCUGACUCUGGCUUCAGUGCACUCCCGUCCUUCGAUAAGGAGAACGACGUGGUCCUCUUCUUCAAGUUCUACGAUCCUAAACAAAAGCGUAUACAUUACUGCGGCCAUCACUACCUGGCCAUAGCGAGCAAGCCAGCUGACCUCAUACCAAUACUCAACAAACGUGCUGGGUUCCCACCGGAAACACCUCUCGUUCUCUAUGAAGAAAUCAAACCUGACUUCGUAGAGAAGAUUAACAACUACAAUGACCCACUCGAAAAGGUAUUGGACGAGCUGAUGGACGGCGACAUCAUUGUGUUCGAACGCGCCGACAAUCGGCACGAAGAAUUGGAGCUGCCCACGUGCCAGGACUACUUCAAAUACAUCUUCUACAAGGUCGAAGUCCAGUUCGUCGACAAGUCUGUUCCCAACGAUCCCGGAUUCACAAUGGAAUUGUCAAUGCAGAUGCGUUACGACCAAAUGGCGCGAGCGGUUGGGCAACGUCUAAAUGUGGAUCCAUUUUUAAUACAGUUCUUUAAAUGUCAAAAUUACAAAGAUACUCCAGGACUGCCUCUCAGAUACUCUUAUGAUGGAAUACUUAAGGAUUUGCUAGUGUACUGUAAACCAAAGUGCCCUAAGAAAUUAUUUUACCAGAUUUUAUCUAUUAAAGUUAAUGAAUUAGACAACAAGAAACAGUUUAAAUGUUUAUGGGUUGGUCCAAAUUACAAAGAAGAUAAAGAAUUAAUUUUAUAUCCUAACAAAGGUGGAAAAGUAGCAGACAUUUUAGAAGAGGCAGCUAAAGUUGUAGAAAUGUCUCCAGAGGGUUCUGGAAGGUUACGAAUUGUGGAAGUUUCAUGUCAUAAAGUAUUACCUGGUCCUGACCCAGAGCUGACUUUGGACCAGGUGACUAUAUCACCGCCCAGACUGUACAGAAUAGAAGAAAUUCCGCGGGAUGAGGUCAAUUUACAGGAGGAUGAGAUAUUAGUGCCUUGCGCGCACUUCCAUAAGCAGGUGUACGCGACUUUCGGUAUCCCAUUCUAUACACGCGUUAAGCACCAUGAGCCUUUCCAAGCGCUUAAAGAUCGUCUCCAGAAUAAGCUGGACAUACCUGAUAAGGAGUGGGAAAAGUACAAUUUCGCUAUAGUAACAAAUGGCAGACCAAACUAUAUAAGCGAAGCAGCGACAAUUAACAUAUACGACUUCAGACCAAACAGCAAUGCAAAUCUAUCCCUUCCAGACGCAACGGGGCGGCCGUGGCUCGGCCUCGAGCAUAUCAACAAAACACCGAAGCGCUCGCGCGUCAACUACCUCGAAAAGGCCAUCAAGAUAUACAACUGAGCCUUACUCCCGCCAGCCACACACGUGCACCCAGUAAAAUACAAUUUAUAGUAUUACGCUCUACGAUUUGCUACUUGCCGCGGUACGAGCUCUGGACUCAUUUGUUGCCUUCAUACACUGGACUUGAGACAAACAAAUAUUUUUAAUCAUGCCUUUUCACAGUUUGUGUAUUAAAAGUACCAUUAUUAAAAACACCUCUUACAUGGAUUUUUUAUGCAUGUUAUUUAAGAAAUUUGAAUAUCGUGUGCAAAGUAUUAUUUUCAAUUAUAAUUGAAAUAUGCAAUAGUGAAAUAUUAGCUUAAAUGCAUAAAUCUCACAGUCCAGUGGGAAUUGUAAACAUAUAUUAUAUUUUUAUACGGAAGUGCCGUUUUGUUUACGAAAAAUAUAAUUUAUACAUUAUUUAAUAUAAUACAAGAGGCGGGGUUACAAUUGACAGAGCUAAUAUUAUAUUUAUUAAAAAUAGAAGAAAUAAUGUAUUUAUCAUAUGGGCAAAAAGUAUAUAAAAGUGUAUUUUACAAUUGGGUGGAUAAUUGAAGUGAAUAGCCUUAUAUACCUAUCUACAUCGUAACACCAAUAUUUGACUUCUUUUACAGCUUUCUACAUAUUACAUGGUUGAAACCAUUUUAUAGUAAUAAUAAUAUGAUCACGCAAUAGUCCUGCUAGCAAAACUAUUAAAGUUUAGUACUAGUUAUUAUAUUUAUUUUAUUCACAUUCAUUGCAUUAUGCAAAGCAUUUUCAACAAUGGUAUUCACAAUGACCUAUAUAUGAAAAUAAAAAGAUUGCUUGUAGACGAAAAUGGGAGUGUGUUAUAUUUCAUAAUUUAUUAUAAUUUCUGAGCAUAACCAGUGUUGAAAGUGUUUGAUAGAAUUUUCAAUAUUAAGUUAGUCUGAUUAUUACAUUUUUAUUGAAAUUUAGUAUGCAACUGGUUGGUUUAACUUAUAUAACUUAUAGUAAGCUGCCUGCUGGCUGUGCCAACCGUUUCAUUGCAAAUGCCGCUACUUUUACCAAUUGGUGUUCGGCAAAGUUUAACAUUUUUAAUAAAUAUAAAAUAUUAUUACUUAGACUAUUAGAUUACGUGACGUGAUUCAAUAGAAUUUUAUAUAAAAUUUUAAUGUGUCUGUGUUAAGCUUUGUAUGGGAAUAUUAACAAAUGAAAAUGGAAUUAUGUCUUUGAUUUAAUUGUAUUGUAGAAAUUAUUGCCUAAGGACACAUUUGCUACACAAAUAAUUUUUCAAUCUGUCACAGUGACUAAAUUUAAUUAAUUAGAUUAUCAAUCUUAUUAUAAUCUAUCUGUAGCUUCUUUAAAGUUUGUACUUGAAUUAUUUUUAAUCUUUAUUUUCUUUCAAAAGUCAUAAUAUAUUUAAUAAUAUGUAUGUUAUGGUAAUAAUUCCUUUUAUCAACAUAUUAUUAAGUUUUAUUUGUUUAACAUUUCAUAAUUUUCUAAUACAUCAUAUUUUCUUUUAAGCUAUUUAAGUAACUUGAUUAAUUAACCAACUCAGAUUUGUAUGAAAAAAUUGUGAUAUGUUUUAGGAAAGCUUGUAAAUAGCGGAACUUACCGCUUAGAAAUUUAAAUCAUAUGUAGUUACGCUUUUUAUCAAAUUUGAAGUCUAUAUAAUAAUGUAAUCUAAAAAUGUUUAUAAAUUGUUGCCGAAUCACCAAAUCGUGUACAUUCAAGGAGACAUAAAUUCAUAACAAAUCAGAAUAGAUAAUAAGUUGGCAGUGUUGUCUUUGAAUGUACAUAUUCAUGCACAUAAUAGAUGUAACAUUAGCCCAUAUUGUUAAUUCUGGCUAAAAGCCCCAUCAUCGGAACUUGUAUGUUACUAUUUAAUUUUUUUACUUGACCAGAAAUGUUACGUUAUCAAUAAAUGAUUAUGUCGAAAUUAUGUAUAUAUAUGAUGUAAUAAAUUAAGAAAAAUACAGUAAGUUUUCGUAAAGAUGCCUUAGACAUUUUAAGACGUUUUUAGUGAUUUGCGAUGAUACCAAUUAAUUUAUACCCUUUUUAAUUUUCUUUUACAACUUAAAGUAACUUAUUCACAUUAUGUAAGAGAUGGUUUGUGUGAUACGAAUUAUUUUGAUAUUCUGCGUCGUUACAAAAAUGCUUCAUUUUUAUUUAACAAUGUGUGUCGGUUGCGCUAAUUCAUUAACAAGGUUUGAGGUAUUUUGAGACGAACAUAGAAACAGUGGUUUAGAUUACCGCUGAACCUAAUAAAUUAGGACAAAUGGGAUUAUAGACUUAGUUGAUUUACUGAUUAUCCAUCUAGAACCCCAUGUAAGGCGAGUCUGUACACAGCUUGUACACAAACUAUUGGAGAUUAUUCCAAAGUUUGUUAUGUUGGAUUUUGAAUGUUUCUCUGAAUAUAAUCCUAUAUUUGUUUAA